GUCUCGUGACAGACACUUCCGCUCGGGGCGGCGGCGGUGGCGGAAGUGGAAGCAAGGCCGGAGCUUUGACCAUAAAGCCCAAGGCGGCGGCGUUGGCGGCGGUGUUUGGGGCCGGGCAGCUCCGAGGAGCCUGCUGGAGCCGGAAUCGGACGUCUCUGUUGCGGCCUGCGUUGUGUCUCCUCCUCCGUUGACCCUGCGGCUUUAGGACCGGGGAUUGAGCUCAGGUCAUCAGGUUUGGAGGCAAGAGCCCUUAUCUGCUGAGCCAUCUCACUGACCCCAGAGACAACGGGGUUUCUCUGUAUAGCCCUGGCUGUCCUGGAACUCACUCUGUAGACCACGCUGGCCUCGAACUCAGAAAUCCGCCUGCCUCUGCCUCCGGAGUGCUGGGAUCAAAGGCGUGCACCACCACGCCCGGCCUAUCUUCAAGGAUGACCUCUAGGAAGAAAGUGUUGCUGAAGGUCAUCAUCCUGGGGGACUCUGGUGUUGGAAAGACCUCUCUCAUGAACCAGUAUGUGAACAAGAAGUUCAGUAACCAGUACAAAGCCACAAUAGGAGCGGACUUUCUGACCAAGGAGGUGAUGGUGGACGACAGACUUGUUACCAUGCAGAUCUGGGACACAGCCGGUCAAGAACGGUUCCAGUCUCUUGGUGUGGCCUUCUACAGAGGUGCAGAUUGCUGUGUUCUGGUGUUUGAUGUGACUGCCCCCAACACUUUCAAAACCCUCGACAGCUGGAGAGACGAGUUUCUCAUCCAGGCCAGCCCCCGGGAUCCCGAGAACUUCCCUUUUGUUGUGUUGGGAAACAAGAUUGACCUGGAAAACAGACAAGUGGCCACAAAGAGGGCACAGGCUUGGUGCUACAGCAAAAACAACAUUCCUUACUUCGAGACCAGUGCCAAGGAGGCCAUCAAUGUGGAGCAGGCCUUCCAGACAAUUGCUCGGAAUGCCCUUAAACAGGAAACAGAAGUGGAACUGUACAAUGAAUUCCCUGAACCCAUCAAACUGGACAAGAAUGACCGGGCCAAGGCCUCCGCAGAAAGCUGCAGUUGUUGAAGGGGCAGUGAGCACAGAGUCCUUCACAGACCAAGAACACACACGUAGGCCUUCAAUAUGCGUCCCUCCUCCUCCAAACAGACCAGAACGUGAGCUCUCACAUCCAGCUGCCAAAAGAAACUCCACCGAACAGUUACCCAACACACACACAUACACAAAACACACUCGUGCACACAAAAACACAUACACACAACACACACACAGCAAGCAAACUCCAGCCUGUGCCUGUCAGGGCUCCUGGGGCAGCUGCCCGCCUCGUGGGCCCUGUGUAUGGCAGGCAUAUGGCAGAGACCCUGGGUGCUCUGGGGUGCAGUGGGCAUGGAAAGCUUACUCUUUUUGUCCACUGGAGAGUGAGAGAACUGUUCACAGUUCAUCUGUGUCUAAUUAUCUGAUUUUUUUUUUAACGGUCUUGUGGUCUUUUACCCCUCCCUCCUUGAAGGUCCUGUGGGAAGGCUGGUGCCCAGGCUCCGUUCUGAGCAGGCUGUUUUGUAUGUAUCUGUUAAUGCUUGUUACUUUUAACUAAUCAGAUCUUUUUACAGUAUCCAUUUAUUAUGUAAUGCUUCUUAGAAAAGAAUCUUAUAGUACAUGUUAAUAUAUGCAACCAAUUAAAAUGUAUAAAUUAGUGUAAGGAAUUCCUGGAUUGUGUGUUUAAGUCCUCUAACGCAGGCGUGCAAGGUGGAGGGUUGAACCCUGUCUGGAUUACAGAGUGUUAGAGACUCAAGUUUGGAAGUCCAGCUAGCGGCAGUAUUCUGUACAGUAGACACAAGAAUUAUGUACGCCUUUUAUCACAGACUUAAGAGCCAAAAAGCUUUUCAUCUCUCUGAAGGGAAAACUGAACUAGACAGUUCCCUUCUGUGUCUAAAUUUUCCAAAAGGUUGAUUUGCUUAAUAUAGUAGUGUAUACAAUGGAUAAAUUGCUGUUACUUCAAGAAUUAAAAUUCUCAUUUUCUCCCUUUCUGUUUUUUUUCCUUAUAUUCAACACUUUAUGAUGCCCUUUUGUCACUAUCCUACUCAAAGAGGAAAGGAGAACCCACCAGACCUGUCCCAGUGACUCUACCUUUGUUCUAGAAGGCGCUCCUUUCAGGGUUGUGGUACCUGUAGGUUAGCAGACCCUCCUCCUUUCCCACCCACCCAAGUGUGGCCCAGCACUAACCCACCGUCUCUUGGGUUGAGCCCUGGCAGUUCUGUCCCUUCCCGAGGUCCUGCCCUGCAUCAUGGCUUGCUUCCUGGAGCACUUCCCCUUCAGAGGUCUACAUUCUAGGGUGUAGGCUGAGUUCUUCUGUAAAGAGACGAACGUGAUGCCAAUAAAAUUUAACAAGAACAAAGAACA